CGGAAGCGGAGAAGAAGACUGUCUAGAAGCGAAAGAGGAGCUCGUCCGUCCUCAUCCAUCCCGCAGCGCAGCGCGUGCGCCGGUGACGUCAUGGGCACCAGCUCGCCGGAGAUGGCGGCCGCGCUCCUGCUGGUCAUGGCGGCCCUGGCCGGCGUCGCGGCCGGAGGCGACAUCGUCCACCAGGACGACGAGGCGCCCAAGAUCCCCGGCUGCUCCAACGACUUCGUCCUUGUAAAAGUGCAAACCUGGGUCAAUAACAGAGAGGAUGGCGAGUUUGUUGGUGUUGGUGCUCGUUUUGGCCCUACUAUAGAGUCAAAAGAAAAGCAUGCCAACCGAACAGGGCUAUUGUUAGCUGAUCCUUUUGACUGUUGUGAACCCCCCACACAGAAGGUUGCUGGAGAUGUUUUGUUAGUUCAAAGAGGAAAAUGUAAGUUCACUAAGAAAGCUAAGAACGCUGAAGCUGCCGGUGCUUCCGCUAUCAUAAUCAUCAAUCAUGUCCAUGAAUUAUACAAGAUGGUCUGUGACCGAAAUGAAACAGAUUUGGACAUAAAUAUACCUGCAGUUCUUCUGCCAAAAGAUGCAGGCAAUGAUAUGCAGCAGCUUCUCAAGAGUGGUAAAGUUUCGGUGCAGCUAUACUCUCCAGAUCGUCCUCUUGUUGAUACUGCAGAGGUGUUUCUGUGGCUUAUGGCUGUUGGUACCAUUCUUUGUGCAUCAUACUGGUCAGCAUGGAGUGCUCGAGAAGCAGUUACUGAACAAGAGAAGCUUCUAAAGGAUGGCCAUGAAAGUUCACUGAACUUUGAGGCUGGUGGUUCUAGUGGCAUGGUAGAUAUCAACAUGACGUCGGCAAUAUUAUUUGUUGUUAUCGCGUCUUGCUUCUUGAUAAUGCUCUACAAGCUGAUGUCUUAUUGGUUUGUGGAGCUCCUGGUGGUCAUCUUUUGCAUUGGUGGUGUAGAGGGCCUGCAAACAUGCUUGGUAGCUUUGUUGUCAAGAUGGUUUAAACCUGCAGCAGAAUCUUUCGUCAAAGUGCCCUUUUUUGGAGCAGUUUCAUACCUUACAAUUGCAGUCUGUCCAUUUUGCGUUGUGUUUGCUGUUAUAUGGGCUGUUUAUCGCCGGAUGACCUAUGCUUGGAUUGGGCAAGAUAUUCUUGGUAUUGCUCUGAUUGUUACUGUAAUCCAAAUUGUUAGGAUACCUAACCUCAAGGUUGGAUCUGUUCUUCUCAGUUGUUCCUUCUUAUAUGAUAUCUUCUGGGUUUUUAUCUCCAAGAUGUGGUUUCAUGAGAGUGUGAUGAUUGUGGUUGCCCGUGGCGAUAAGACUGAUGAAGACGGUGUGCCCAUGCUAUUAAAAAUCCCACGAAUGUUUGAUCCAUGGGGUGGAUUCAGUAUCAUUGGCUUUGGUGAUAUACUUCUUCCUGGGCUGUUGAUUGCUUUUGCAUUAAGGUAUGAUUGGGCUGCCAAAAAGACCUUGCAAUCUGGUUACUUUUUGUGGUCAAUGGUUGCUUAUGGUUCUGGUCUUAUGAUUACAUAUGUUGCCCUGAAUCUUAUGGAUGGUCAUGGACAACCAGCUCUUCUUUACAUUGUGCCAUUUACCCUUGGAACCUUCAUAGCACUGGGCAGGAAACGGGGUGAACUCAGAAACCUAUGGACAAGAGGACAGCCUGAGAGAGUAUGCACGCACAUGCACAUGCAACCUCCACCAAAGGACACCAAUUGUGAUGCAAGCUCGUAAUGAAGCUUAUCAGCAUGGCCUUGGAGAGUCUCACUGAUGCGUCCGACUGAUAUGUCCAGUGGAAAUUGUAUUACUCACGGUAUUGUAACAUGACAUCUUCUUUAUGGAGGCAGAAGCGCGACUCCAGUGACUUGUAAUGUACUUGUAACUGGUCUUUCAAUGCCAUCGUCUUAGUAUGGAACUGUGACUCCCUGCUGUCACCAAUCUAUUGUAUAGUAAUCGGUUAUAUAGUUUUGUGGUUACAUAAAAAAAUGAGGGAAGUUUUAAGAGAUUUUAGCUCCCUGGUUCCCAACCUUAAA